GUUAUUAUACAUACAGCUUUGUGUCAAACACUUCGCACCUUUUAACCGAGAAUAAUCUCUGAGACAUCUGUCCAUAGGCCUAUUCCUUGCAAUGCUCUUACACAUUUUAAACGCUCUCAAAUCAAAUUGUUUAUUGCCACUUAAUGCUCUGAUAAUUUCAAAAGCCAUAUACAUUGUCAGAGUUGAAAUUUGUUAAAUCAUGUCAGGUGUCGAAUUGAAUAUUUUACUGCGCAACUAGUGCGCACUUUACGGUCGUGGUGCUGAUGCGGGAUGAGUCAGGCUAUAUGAUGCUGCUGAUGUUGCUGCCAUUUCAUCAGCAAAAUUCCAAACAUUUCUUCAUUUUCAAAACAUGGAGUGAAAAUAACACAUCACAAUAUCACAAUUAGAGUUUUAGUCGAUUCGCCAGGAUUCGGCGUCAGCAUAUGUGACCUUUAGGCUACGCGUUUUCAAUCUUAUUUCGACCAGAACAAAAGACGGAGUGGCUGUGCCCCCUUUUUUCAUCGGAUAGUCUCGAGAAUUAAGAUAACAGGAGCUAGACCGGUCGAUGCGAAAGGGAGAAUUGUUUUUCAUACGUUUAUGCGUUUCCUAGAGGGGCUGUUUUGCAGUGCACUUUCGAGAACAUCGAGGAUACCUUCGGCGUCAUGGAACUCGCCGUUUCCCAGCUUUGAAAGGCUCGAUCAAACACCCAGACCCGCACAGACAUGGAGGCGAUAUGGCUGUACCAGUUCCGACUGAUUGUCAUCGGUGACUCCACCGUGGGGAAGUCGUGCUUGAUCCGACGCUUUACCGAGGGGCGUUUCGCACAGGUGUCAGAUCCUACCGUGGGGGUGGACUUCUUCUCUCGACUAGUUGAAAUCGAACCUGGCAAACGCAUCAAACUACAGAUUUGGGACACUGCGGGCCAGGAGCGCUUCAGGUCCAUUACUCGAGCGUACUACCGCAACUCGGUGGGUGGCCUCCUGCUGUUCGACAUCACCAACCGCCGCUCGUUCCAGAACGUUCACGAGUGGCUGGAGGAGGCGCGUAGCCACGUGCAGCCGCACAGCAUCGUCUUCUUGCUCGUGGGCCACAAGUGCGACCUGGAGGCCCAGCGGCAGGUCAGCCGGCAGGAGGCUGAGAAGCUGGCGGCCGCCUACGGCAUGCGUUACGUGGAGACGUCGGCGCGCGACGCCAUCAAUGUGGAGAGGGCCUUCACCGAGCUGACGCGCGACAUCUUCGAGCUGGUCAAGCGCGGUGACAUCACCAUCCAGGAGGGCUGGGAGGGGGUGAAGAGCGGCUUCGUGCCAAACGUCGUGCACUCCUCGGAGGAAGUCACCAAAAGUGACCGCCGGUGCCUGUGCUGAGUGACCCCCGCCCCCCACCCCACCAUCACCACCACCACCAACCCAAACCACACCCACCCUCGUCUCUCUCUCACUUGCAUUCUCUACUUUCAUUUGGCUGAGCUGAGCCAUCAAGUUCUGACGACUUCCAGAUUCCUCCUCUUCCCUCUCUUUCUUUCUUUCUAUUCCUCCCCAUUCUCUCUGGCCUUUCCUCCUCUGUCCAUCAUUCCUCCCCUGUGGUCACCCCUCUUUUUUUACAUCCCUUUACAACCUGUAGUCACAGAAUGCUCUUUCCAUAAGGAUCCUUAGAGCUCACUUGCCUGCUCAGAUGCCCACAACUCACCCCCCCCCCCCCCCCUCUCGAUCUCACGUAGAUACUUACUGCUCCACUGAUUUUUUUUUUUCCUUUUCAUACCCAAUUAAAGCUCUCUCAAAACAACACAUCCACAACGAGCCUCCACAUCCUUUUGGAGCAGUUUUGGGACCUCCAAUUCUCCAUACUUAUGUAACGCCCUCCCCCUCCUUUCUUGCUGCUUGAAUAAUGUCCAACUGAUCCAGUUGAACUCUUCUGAGUUACUAGAUGGUGAAGAUGUUGUGCUGUAUAGAUUGGGCCUGUCACAGGCAUUAUAAAUGGCACAGGUGACUACACAGAUGUCAGAUAGGACUGGUCGAAUCUGACAUGGUCUGUGUUUUCUCUCUGUGUAACCAAAACAUUGUUGCUGAAGAGGCCCCUGUGCUUCGGAUCAAGUGCACUGCGAAAGUGAAGACAUGAAGUGUUGGGGGAGAUUGAAAAUUCAGAUGUGUCCAUGACCUUCCAGCCAUCACAAGCCUGCCUAAACAGACUGAGAUAAACUCUUCAGUGACAUCAUUGACACCCACUCUAUUCCAUUGACAUCAGAGUAGAUUGCACACGAUGAAGUUGCAUUCCAAACUAAAUAAUAAGCGACCAUCUUGAAAUGACGUGAAUCAAACGAUCGCACCACUCUAGCAGUUGUGUUUUAGCUUUUAAUUAUUGCAUUUUUAUUCACUAAAAGGCCAAAAAAAAAAAAUGCAACAAGAGGGGAUAUUUAUUAGUAUGAAACACUGAUCUGCCUUUUCUCUCAUUAAGCUUUUGAUUUUCAGCCUGGACUGGCACCUGUUAGCGACGUUGGAUUAAUGUGAACGAGGUGUAACUGAAAAACAAAGCAGACCAGACUUCCUGUCACAGCAAGCAGCACCGGAUGUACUUAAUGAGUUGGCAUGAGACCUGUGUCUUUCUUGUACAUCCAGUCCAAUCGCCUCACACCUUUGUUUCAACAUCACCAUGAAGGUAUCAACAGGUUUGACUGACAAUUAACAUUUACCCAUCAGGGCAUUGCCGCCGGUUUUCUUUCUUUCUUUUUUUGAAGAGGUGAUGGCUUUUUUGUCAUGUGGUCACUGAAUGUACUUCCUGAUAUUCAUUCAGACUAAUAAUCAGUGGUGGUUACUAUGUAUGCAGAAACACAGGCCUGAGGUUGCCGUACUUAGGAAGGUCCUGUAAGGUUUAAGAGUGAAACCUAAACCAAUUUACUUUAGCCAUCUAUUCUUUAAGGAGACAUGCUUGUGAAGUCACGGUAGCUAUUUAAAGCUAUAACUACACUACAUUACCUUACGAGUCCCUGGAAUAUCACCGGAGCACAAUGGGACUCUAUAGUUGAUCUGCCAGUGUGAUAUAUUGGGCCCAAUGCACAGUUAUGUGCCAGAUGAGGAUGGCAUUGGGUUACGCACACAAAUGCCCCCUACUUUCCCUUAUGCUUUUUUGUUGCCCCAGAUGACCUCGCCUUCUACUGACCCAGAACUGAAUCCCUGCCCUCUAGGUUCUUAUGUAUCCAAAAGCUCAAACGAGUGUGAGACUUUAGACAUAAUUUUACUUUCACUUGCUAAUCUCUUGUCUCUUUGUUCUUUGACACUGGAAAAAAUAGUCCCCACCAAAAACGAUUCCCUCCCUGUUCAGCUCCUCUCUCUUUCUCUCUCUGUGCUCUCGUCUCUUUUUUCCUUAAUUUUGUCCCAACCAGGCCUCCAUAUUUAAAGAUGCUGACAUGGAGGUGAUCUAAUGAAUCUGAAUUGUCCAAUUCCCAUAAUGCAGCUGACCCUGGGAGGGGUCCGGCCUUGCAGAGGGUCAGAACUGUCCCAGUCUUAGCUGCUACAAGGGAUGCCAUUUAACUGUUUCAACAUAGGUAUGGAGUGCUCCGUACCUCUUAUUUAUCAAAAGAAAUAACUUGAACUGUACUAAAAAAAUAAAAUAAUGUG